CGGGCUCCCCCUGUCGCCGGGCUCCGGAGCUGUGUCUCGGCCCGUGUCCGCGCUGCUCCGCGGGGCCAUGGCCGGGCCCCAGGUGCUGAAGCACCGGCGCACCACGCUGGAGCGGGCCGAGAAGCUCCUCUCCGGGCCCGGCUCCGACUGCAACCUCCGGGGCAGGCUUUUCGGGGACACCUGCCCCCUGGUGUCUCUCUCCUGUUUCCAGACCCCAGAGCAUAGCCCACGUGAUGAAGCUGUCAGACAAGAAUUCAAACCUGUGAAAGUUGGGGACUCCUUUGGACCCACGUGGUGGACCUGCUGGUUUAAAGUGGAGCUUAGCAUCCCCAGAGAAUGGGUGGGGAAGGAAGUGCAUCUCCUGUGGGAAAGCGAUGGGGAAGGGAUGGUGUGGAGGGAUGCGCAGCCGGUUCAGGGUUUGACUAAAGAAGGGGAGAAGACCAGCUAUAUCCUGACAGACAGCCUCAAGGAGGCAGAGCCUCACAGUCUGACUGUCUAUGUGGAAGUUGCCUGCAAUGGUCUCUUUGGGGCUGGAAAAGGCAGCCUGAUUGCACCUCCUGACCCUGACAAGAAGUUCACCCUGCACAAGGCGGAGCUUGUGGUCUUCAACAGGGAUGUCCAUGAGCUGCUGGUAGACUUUGAGAUACUAGUGGACAUGGCCAAGUUCCUCGGGGAGGAAAACCAGCGGAGCUUCCAGACACUAUAUGUGGCCAAUCAGAUGGUUAACCUGCUUGAUGUCACAGACUCCUCUACCUUCCCUGCAGUGCGUCACCUCGCUUCUUCCAUCUUUAGGCAGAAGAAUGGCGAGAGCCAGCACUCCAUCCAUGCUAUGGGCCACUGCCACAUUGAUUCUGCCUGGCUGUGGCCAUACGAGGAGUCUAUCCGCAAGUGUGCUCGCAGCUGGGUGACUGUUGUACGCCUGAUGGAGAAGAACCCGGAGUUCACGUUUGUCUGCUCGCAGGCCCAGCAGUUUGAGUGGGUGAGGAACUGGUAUCCUGGGCUGUACGCUCAGAUUCAGGACUAUGCCAAAGAGGGACGGUUCAUACCUGUUGGCGGCACCUGGGUAGAAAUGGACGGGAAUCUUCCCAGUGGCGAAUCAAUGGUGCGUCAGUUCCUGCAGGGACAGCGGUUUUUCCAGCAGCAGUUUGGGAAGCUUUGCUCGGAGUUCUGGUUGCCAGACACUUUUGGAUACUCGGCCCAGCUGCCCCAGGUGAUGCGUGGCUGUGGGAUACGAUGGUUCCUCACUCAGAAACUCAGCUGGAGCCUGGUGAACACCUUCCCGCACAGCACCUUUUUCUGGGAAGGCAUCGACGGCUCCCAAGUUCUGACCCAUUUCCCGCCUGGCAAUUCCUAUGACCUAAAAGGUCGAGUGGAGGAGAUGCUGAAAACCAUGAACAACAACAAAGACAAAGGCCGUGUGAACCACAGCGCUGCUCUCUUUGGGUUUGGAGACGGAGGAGGUGGCCCGACUCAGAAGAUGCUGGACAGGCUGAAGAGAAUGAGAGAUACGGAUGGGCUGCCCAGGGUUCAGAUGUCCACACCUGACCGUUUUUUCUCUAUGCUGGAGAAGGAGAAGACCCAGUUGUUCACCUGGACAGGAGAACUGUUCCUGGAGCUACACAACGGCACUUAUACCACCCAGGCCCAGAUAAAGAAAGGGAAUCGGGAGUGCGAGCGGAUACUCCAUGAUGCUGAAGUACUGAGUAGUUUUGCUCUGACCCAGAAAAAUACUUUCCAGUAUCCUUCCAUCAAACUGCAGCAUCUCUGGAGGUUGCUGCUCCUGAAUCAGUUCCAUGACGUGUUGCCGGGCAGUUGUAUCCAGCUAGUUGUGGAGGAUGCCAUGAGAUACUAUGCAGAAAUCCGUAGCACGGGUGGUCUCCUCAUUAAAGAUGCUGUUCGGUCCUUGUUUGGAGAACUUUUGCCGACUGGUCCCAAGACAGAAGAAAGCCUUCUUGUUCUGAACACUUUGCCCUGGGAACGGACUGAAGUCAUCUCCAGGACUGGAGCAAAGACCUUAGCCCUGGUGAAGGUGCCUAGCAUGGGCUACUCUGCUGUGGAGGAUUCGUUAACACCCCCUCAUCCUGUGACGGUGACAAAACAGGCAGAUGGCUCUGUGACCAUGGAGAACGGGGUUAUCGCAGCUCACCUGGACUCCAUGGGGCGUGUGAUGUCACUUCACUUAGUGCACUCGGGGAGAGAAUCAGUCCAGGAUGGUCACUGCGCUAACCAGUUUGUGAUAUUUGAUGAUGUUCCCUUGUACUGGGAUGCUUGGGACGUGAUGGAUUAUCACCUGGAAACCAGGAAGCCAGUCACAACCCUUCUGAAGCCUCUGGCGAUUGUCCUGGCUGGGGGCCUGCGAGGAAGUGUGAAGUUCUCUCUGCAGAUCAGUGAGCGGAGUGUCAUCACCCAAGAAGUCAUCCUGGAUGCCAUGUGUCCUUAUCUUCGAUUCCUGACCCAGGUUGACUGGAAUGAGGCUCAUCGAUUCCUGAAGGUGGAGUUCCCAUUGCGGGUUCGGAGCAUGAAUGCAACGUAUGAGAUUCAGUUUGGGCACCUGCAGAGGCCAACGCACUGGAACACAUCCUGGGACUGGGCUCGGUUCGAGGUGUGGACUCACAAGUGGAUGGACCUGUCUGAGCAUGGCUUUGGGGUGGCAUUGCUGAACGACUGCAAAUACGGCGCAUCGGUGCACAAGAACGUGAUGAGCCUCUCACUGCUGAGAGCACCAAAGUCACCAGAUGCCACUGCAGAUAUUGGACCCCAUGAGUUCACCUACGCCAUGAUGCCUCACAGGGGUUCCUUCCAGGAGGCGGGUGUGAUCCAUUAUGCCUACAACUUGAACUUCCCUCUGCACACUGUACCAGCUGUGUCAGCACGGUGUCCAGCCUGGAGUGCCUUCUCUGUGCAUUCACCAGCGGUUGUGCUAGAAACCGUCAAACAGGCUGAGGACAGGCUGGACGGGCUGGUGGUCAGACUGUAUGAGUCACAUGGCAGCACUGUGGUCACGUGGCUCCAGACCUCCCUUCCUGUGAAGGAAGCAAUCAACUGUGACCUUCUGGAACGGCCAGACCCGAGCAGUCAUCUGCCGCUGGAGGAGCAUGGCCUGAAGCUUUCCUUUACGCCAUUCCAAGUGCGCUCUGUCCUUUUGAUCUUGAGGCAGUAAGAGGGCUACCGCUGCUGGCAGCCCAGCCCCUAUCCCGGAAUCGGGCAAAAAUCACUGUGCUCUGGGCGAUUCACUAGCUUCUCAAAUCAUGGACGCGUCGAUUCCAGCGCUACACAGUGGGGUAGUAAGGAGUUGCCCCUUCUCAGUGUGCGGCAAAGGGCGGUGUCAGGACAGAGAUCAGCAGCUUCUGGGCUCAAGUCAGCGCUGAUUCUGUGUGUAAAUGCCUGACUGGCGUGCCAUGGCCUUAGUAAUGCCGGGGGGGUGGGGAGAUCUCGAUUGGGUGCAGGGGGGCGAUCACAGAGCUGGUGUUGUACUGACUUACCCCACAAGUGGACAUCCUCAAUAGACUCCUGUCCCUUUCAGGGGAGUGGUGCUGGGGUUUGAGCUUUGAUAAUGGUAGAAUCGGUUUCCUUUACUGUGUGUCCUACAACUCUAACAGUCCUGUGCUUCCCUGUUUACAGGCACGUCACUGUUUCUGUAGACACGCAGCGUCUUUUCACCUGGUCUUUCUGUAAAACCUGAGCAUUAAACACUGAAUCACGUGCUGAGUAAA